GGCUGGUCAGCUGAUUCAUCACGUGACCCGAGAAUCAUGGCGAUGCCCAUCGCCCGGGAUUCAGCCGCCUGCCUUUUCAUGUAUUUUACCCUGGCGCUGAUCGCCCUCUCGUUAGCAUUAAACCAGUCUCCUGAAGUCUCCGGUGGUCCCGGGUCCCGCAGCGGCUGCGGCUGCCAAUCCGGCUCCACGAAUCGCCCGGAGGCUCUGAGUGACAGCAUUUCACUGGCUAAACGGGCAGCUGUCAAAUACUCCAAGGAGGCCAAUGUUGAGGGUCAAAAGACAGCACAAGGGAACGUGCCACACUCAAAAAGGCGUACUAAUCAGAUGGUGCUGAUACCAGGUGGCGUGUUCACCAUGGGAACAGAUGAACCUGUGAUACCACAGGAUGGCGAGGGCCCAGCUAGAAAAGUACACAUGAAGCAGUUCUAUAUGGAUAUGUAUGAAGUCACUAAUGCUGAAUUCGAGAGAUUUAUUAAAGAUAUGGACUAUGUCACAGAGGCAGAAACAUUUGGAGACUCCUUUGUGUUUGAGGGACUGCUGAGCAAAAUGGUGAAGAGCGGCGUUACCCAAGCUGUUGCCGCGGCGCCAUGGUGGCUGCCUGUUAAAGAUGCCAGCUGGAAACAUCCGGAAGGCCCUGACUCCAACAUUACGAAGAGGAUGGAUCACCCAGUCGUGCACAUCUCCUGGCACAACGCAGUGGCUUACUGCACCUGGGCAGGUAAACGGCUGCCCACGGAAGCUGAAUGGGAAUACGCUUGCAGAGGUGGACUUGAGAACAGACUCUUCCCAUGGGGGAACAAGCUGCAUCCUAAAGGCCAGCACUACAUGAACAUCUGGCAAGGAGACUUCCCUCACCAGAACACAGCAGAUGAUGGAUAUGCCAACACGGCCCCUGUCACCACCUUUCCUCCCAAUGCUUAUGGUCUCUUCAAUAUGGUAGGGAAUGUCUGGGAAUGGACAUCAGACUGGUGGAACGUACACCACACCACAGAUGAAGCAGAGAAUCCUAUAGGACCUGCCUCAGGGACAGACAAGGUGAAAAAGGGUGGAUCCUACAUGUGCCACAAGGUCGUACCACUGAUGAAUGCAUUCAGAGGAAGAUCGAACACCAACAUGUCUUAGUAGCUUAGGAUUUCCAGAAGUUAAAAUUAAGUUCUUUUUUCGGAAUGUAUAUUUGACUACUAUUUCGAUAUUAGAAUACAGUGUAAAUUUUCCCAAUAUGUUUUCUGCCCUUUUACUUAUCUGGCUGUUGGGGGCAUCUAUUGAUUGUGUCAACUGCAUCUGGUCUUGAACACAAACUCAUACAUAUCCACAAACUUAUAAUGUGUUUCUACAGUAAGAGCUUCUUGAAUAAUGAAAGCAUGAAUUAAAGAAUGAUUUUUUGUGAAAAGAAUGUUACAUAAAUAAUGAUUUUGCAUUUAUAUAAGUAAUCAGAUGAUUAUCUAUAGCUAAAUAUGAAGUCGAUGGUUUUCUGGCCAUAUCUGAUUGUAUAAAUGGUAUUAUCUCUAUUCAAGUGUCUCUAGUCAAGUUUAUUGUUAUAUGCAGAAGUAUGCACAGGUGCAAUGAAAAACUUAAUUACAGCAAUAUUCACAAGAGAAAUAUGUAUGUAUAUUAUAUAUAUAUAUUCACAAUGUUUAUAGUGAAGGACAUAAUUGGGAAGAUCAAAAACAAGGUCUGUUUUAGUGUAAGAUAAUAUAGUGAUGCUAAACUGUAGUGAAUAGGGUUUUGCUGGCAGGUGCAAGAACUGAAUGGUCAAAGGUAAAUAGCUGUUCUUGAACCAGGUGGUGUGGUAUCUUUGAUGCUAGAUAUUGCCAUCUUGAGGCAGCACCUCCUGAUGCUGGGGAGGGAUGUGCCUGUGAUGUAUUGGACAGAGCCCAAUACUCUCUGUAGCUUGUUAUGUUCUUGUGCAUCGAACUGUGAUACCAGACCAUACAACCAAUCAAGAUACUUUCAACAGGACAUCUGUAAAAGUUUGUUUGAGUAUUUGGUGACAUGCCAAACCUCCUUAACUUCCUAAGAAAGUAAAGAUGCUGGCACACUUACUUUGAUUGCAUCAAUGUGCUGGGCCCAGGACACAUCAAUCAAUAUGCCCAGGAAAAUAAAGCUGCUGACUCUUUCCUCCAGUUAGACUGCUGCAUGUUCACCUUCCUUCCCAAACUUGAAGUCAAUAGUCAGCUCUUUAGUUUUGCUGAUGUUGAGCAAGAGGUUGUUGUCACUCAACUAGGUGACAUAUCUCACUCCAGUAAGCUAACUCAUCACUACCUGUGAUUUGUCCAACAACAGGAGUAUCAUCAGUGAAUUUGAAGAUGGCAUUGGAGGUGUGCUUAGCCACACAGUCAUGCAUAUGUUGAGAGUAGAGCAAGAAGCUAAGCACAUAGCCUUGAGGCAUACAUAUGUUGAAGUUCAGUGAGGAGAGAUGUUGUUAACAAUCCUCACUGACUGAGAUCUACCAAUGAGGAGUAUCCAAAUGCAGGAAGUACAGAUGCCCAGUGUCUAAGCUUGAUGAUGAAUUUAGAUGGGAUGAAGGAUGAUUAAUUUUUUAGGUGUUGAACAUUGAACUGUAGUCAAUGAACAGAGCCUGUAGUUCUCCUGCCUAUGACACAAUAUAGGAACUGCAAAAAGGCUAUCUCCCACAAGGAGAAGCACACUGUCAAAACCAAAGAUAGGCACCAAAUGUUUUAUCACUAGCUCCCUACAAUCAGAACAUAGUAACAGCACAGAAGAAUAUGCCCUUUGAUCCAUAAUAGCUGUGCUGACCAUGAUGCCAAGUUAAAGUAAACCUAUCUGCCUGAACAUGGCUCAUAUCCCUCCAUUCCCUACAUAUUCAUGUGCUUGUCUAAAUACGUGAAGGUCUCUCACGCCUGCUUCCAAAACCACUCCAGCAGCACAUUCCACACAACUACCACUCUCUGUGUAAAGAAAACUUCCAUCACACAUCUCUUCCAAACUUUCCCCUUUCACCUCAAAGCUACGCCCUCUUGUAUUUGAUUAUUCUACCCUGAGAAAAAGGCUUACUCUAUCUACCUUAGACCAUCUGACCAUAAGCCUCCAUCAGUUCUCCCCUCAGCCACUGAUGCUCCAGGGGAAAAAUCCAAAUUUGUCCAAUCUUCCUCAUAACUCAUACUUUCUAAUCCAGGCAGCAUCCUGGUGAACCUUUUUUGCAUGCUCUCCUUAGCAUUGUUGUCAGUCCUGUAAUGGGGUGACCAGAACUGCAUGCAGUACUUCAGUGCAGCCUUACCACAGUUUCAAUACGGGUUCCAGACUCCUAUAGUCAAUGUCCUACUGUUAGUUUGAGGUUUUCUCCAAGUGGCUGUGGUCAAAAGGCCAUUUAUAAGAUAAAAAAUCAGCCAUCCAUUCGACACAAGAGAUUCUGCAAAUGCCGUAAAUCCAGAGUAACCCACAUAAAAUGCUGGAGGAACUCAGCAGAUCAGGCAGCAUCUGAUGACAUCUUGGCUCAAAACAUCAGCUCUUUAUUUCUCUCCAGAGAUGCUGUCUGAGCUGCUGAGUUCCUCCUUUCAUUAAACUCUUGUUUUGGUCACGGUGACACUGCAUCUGACCUUGGUUCCUUGCUCCUUAAUACUUCUUUCUGAAUAAAAAUUCAUCACUUUUGGUCCUUAAAUCUCAAUUCACCACUCCCCCACCUAACCUGAAUUGCUUUAUCAAGACAAACAGUGUCACAGUUCCAGAUAUCCCCUAUCCUACAAUUAAGGGGUAUAAUUAAGUUAAUUCAUCACGGUUAAGAAGUUGUGUGGGUUCAGCUCUUUACGCAGGUCUCCACAUGCCUCUAGCAGCACAACAAUUUGGAUUCAGAGAGUGAAAUUAGCAGGAAGCAUUACAGAACCAUAGCCUCUAUUCUCCUGAAUGUUGAAAAUUAAGGGAUAGUACAAAUUGAGCCAUUUAUAAUUUGAUUGGGUGGAUACAGAGAAACUACUUCUUCUGAUAAUGGGAUCAAGAACAAGGGAAAAUUGUUAAAAUCAGAGCCUGGCCAUUUAGGAAAGAAAUUGCAAACUGUUUCUCUCAUAAUGAAUCAUAAAAUCCUGAACUCCCUCCUGUAAAAACUUCAGGAUGUCACUUGGAAUUUACAUAUGUGUGAUUAGUGGGCAUUAUUAGUAAGGAGCUGAAGCAGGUAAAAGGACUAGAAAUCCAGACUAGCUGUAAUCAGCUUAACUGUAAAGCAACUUGGAUUGUCUCCCCCCCCCCCCCCGUUCCUAUAUUCCUAUUAAAUAGUGGUUCCAAAAUUCCAUUUUUCAUCUCUCUCUACAAUCAGUUUCAACUUCACAAUCACAAUUUUCAGGGUUAUGCAUUCUAUAAAUUCUGCAAUUUUAGCAAAGGUGCACAGAGGUACAGGUUCACAUCUGCAAAGACAGCACGGUAAGUUGAUAAGAGCUUUUAAAAUUAAACUGGAAGCAUAGAAUACAUAAAGAGAGAGGUUAUGUAAAAUCUUUACAAAUCAGUGCAAAGACCACAGCUGGAGUUCUAUGUCCAAUUCUGGGCACAGAUCCAAACUAAUUGGUAAAAGAACCAGAGUUUUUAUUUAAACAAGUGGUGCUGUUAUGAUCUGGUAUGCACAGACUAAAAAGGUGAAGGAUCCAUUGGUGAUUUUUUUGAGGAGCUAGCUAAACAGGAGCUUUAUGCCUUGACAAGGUAGGAGUGAAUCACAGACAUCACUCACAGUGCACAAAAUCCAUCAUUUAUCCAUCUCUAAUGUU